CAGGCACCUACGGAUAUGCCAAAUAGACAACAGUCGUCGUACGUUAUUCUCAUGCUUUUCUGGCUCUACCUGCUUCUCAGCGGGAGCUUCUACGGCAAACUCAACAUCUUAAUUAAGUCGCCUCCUAGGGUUCAAAGUAGCAGUAUCACGACGCAGAAUGUCCAUCCGGCUCAUCGAUACGGAGACUCUUCAGCUGAAAGCUUUUGCUUCAAGUCAUGCGCCAGCAUAUGCGAUCCUCUCGCAUACAUGGGCCGAAAACGAGGAGGUUAGUGUUGGUAUACACGUCAGCAGGGCAACCGUACGGUUGGAACGAAGUGUCAAUAAUGGUCUAUUAUUGCUGCGUCCGGAGGUGGAAGGAGGAGAUUGUGGGCAGAGCCCACGAUCUCCCAGAAGUGUUAGCUUCUGUCAGGCCCAUCCCAGUACACUCGUUACAACGAUUGUCACACUAUGCCUAUGAAACAAUAUGGUCUUACACAAGCAUGACUAAGUUUUCCAAGGAUAUGCCAGUAUAAAGGGUAUUCCACUCACUAUAUAGAUAGUCGG